GCCGAUGUCCCAAGCUGUGAGCGCCAUGGAGCCGACGGAGCUGCGCUACAUGACGGACUCGCUCCCGACGCCGCAAAUGACAGCCAAGGAGCGCGCGGAGCAGCGGCGGCUCGAGUGCAUGAUCAACCAGCGCCGGUACCGUGCACGCAAGAAGGCGCAGCACGAAGACACCGUCGCGAGCAUCAAGCGCACCAAGGAAGAGAUCCGGCGCCUCCACGAGCUCGCCCUUGUGCUCCAAAACACGCACAUGACCCGGCACAUUCAAGCCGGCAACUACCGCCACGACGCCAUCGCGUCGUACGUCAAGAUAUUCCAGCACGGCUUGGCGCUCCGCGACAGCGCCAAGUUCAACGACCAACUGCAGCUGCUCUCGGGCGUCAUGAGCGAAAACUUGCUCUUCAACGGCGAAGUUGGCAUUCCGUCGCUCGUCGCGCAGUGGCGCGCGGGCGGCCAGCUCUUUUCCCGCGUUGAAAUGCGCACGCUCGAGCUCCAAGUCAUUGGCGCCGAGCACAACGUGGUGACCGUGACCGGUACCAUGCGCACGGCCAUCAACCGGCACACGAUCGCUGCGCUGUUUCCCCACGUCUUCAAGCGCGAAGACGUCGCCCAAAAGCUCAUUGCGACUGGCCUCUUUUGCGAACUCCGCAUGUCGUUUCUCUUUGACGACGACCUUGUCUCGGUCAUGGACUCGGAGAUCAACGUUAUGAGCGGCUUGUACCACGCGCUCGGCGACCUCGAGGCAAUGAGCUUUGUCGCGCACGCCGAAGGCGGCAGCAAGAUGCUCUCGGACGGCACGAUUUUGUACAAUGACGUGGCACCCGUCGACGACUUCAACGCAGUGUCCGAGGUUGUCGAGCCCAUUCCGGUCGGCAUCGCGGACGCGCCGGUGCAUCCCGAGAGCGAUGACGACGGUGGUCAUGUCACCAAAGAGAAAGCCUCGAUCGACUUUCUGCUCGUGCCGUCGAGUAGUGAUGAUGUCGCGAACUAGUGUAACUAUCAAUCCUGUAUUUGUUGUUGACCA